AUGUUUAAACAGAAAAGCAUAACCAUUCCCGAAUUUUAUAAAGGGAAAAGUGUCUUUUUGACAGGCGGUACCGGAUUUGUAGGUAAACUCAUCGUGGAAAAAUUACUGAGGUCCUGUCCUGGCGUGAAAAAUAUUUAUAUACUGGUACGGCCUAAAAAAUCUGAGAGUGUUGAAGAUAGAGUGGAAAAGUUGAAAAACGAUAAAGUAACAGCAUCGGUUCGUUUCGAUGAUUUUCUGGAAAAAGCCAUCCUCACCAAUGUCCGGAGUACCGCAGAAGUCAUAGAUCUAGUCGAACAGCUAGAUACCGUCGACGCGUUCAUACACGUGUCUACCGCAUACUCAAACUGCGAUAGAAAACUUAUCGACGAACGAUUUUACCCGUCAGCGUAUAAUUGGCGGGAUGCCAUCAAAUUGGCCGAAAGUACCGAGGAAGAUGUUAAGAAAAUCACACACUCUAUGACUCUUAAGAUGAUUGAACCAAUGCCGAAUACUUACGUGUUUACUAAAGGUCUAGCAGAAGAUUGCGUCAACGAGAGGUGUCUUAAUAGAUUCCCCACGUGUAUAGUUAGGCCAUCUAUAAUAACACCAACCCUCGAAGAACCUUUGCAAGGCUACACAGAUAAUUUUAAUGGACCAGUUACCCUAUUUCUUGCAGGAGGAGUAGGAAUUGCAAAAGUGAUAAAUCUAGAUCCGGAUAACUAUAAUGAUCAGGUCUUUGGAGACAAUGUUGCCAAAGUCGCCAUUAUAGCUUCUUGGAAACACGGCGUAGAGAAAACCACAAACGAAAUUAAAAUUUAUAACGCAACUUCAGACUUUCUCUAUACGCCGGCUGAAGGUUUGGCAAUUGGACUGAAAAUACAAAAGGAGAACCCUUUGAAAUAUUAUUUUGGAACAGGAAUUGUUACAUUGAUUAAAUGUCCGUACGGCUACUUCGUUUACAACUUAUUAUUUCAUUUAUUUCCGGCACUUAUUAUGGAUCUACUACUGAAACUUUUUGGCAAAAAAAUAAGCAUUUUAGGCCUUCGCCGAAAAUUUGUCAUAUCAAACAUGGCCACCCUGCCAUUUUUGAUGCCUACAGGGGGAAUCCCAUGGAAAUUUAUAACUAAAAACUACGAGAGCUUGGAAAGUUCCUUAACCAAUAUCGAUAAAAAAGAUUUUUCGUAUUUACAUAACAGAAUCACAAACAAUAAGGAUAAACUUGAAGACUAUUUUAGAAUGUUUAUAACUAAAUCUCGUCCAUUUUUAAUACCAUUUGAACGAGAACAAGCGUCCAAGGAAGAAAUAAUAAGAUAUAGAAUAAGCGACUCAGACAGAGCAUUUCUCGUCAAAACCGUCAGCAUCGUAUUCCACAUAGCAGCUUCGGUUCGUUUCGAUGAUUUCCUCCAAAAAGCCAUCAUCAGCAAUGUCAGGAGUACCAGAGAAGUCAUAUAUCUAGUCGAACAGCUAAAUAAAGUCGAUGUAUUUGUAUACGUGUCUACCGCUUACUCAAACUGCGAUAGAAAAACGAUCGACGAACGAUUUUACAAAUCUUCGUAUGAUUGGCGGGAUGCCAUCAAAUUGGCCGAAAGUACCGAGGAGGAUGUAAAGAAAAUCAUUGAUAAUGUGACUAUGAAGGUAAUCGAACCUAUGCCAAAUACUUACGUGUUUACUAAAGGUCUAGCAGAAGAUUGCCUCAGCGACCAGUGUCUUAAUAGAUUCCCCACAUGUGUUAUUAGACCAUCUAUUGUAACGCCAACUUUCGAAGAACCUAUGGAAGGCUACAUAGAUAAUUUUAAUGGACCAGUUACCCUAUUUAUUGCAGGAGGAUCAGGAAUCGCAAAAGUGAUGCAUUUAGAUCGAGAUACCAUUCUAGAUCACGUAUUUGGCGACAAUGUUGCCAAAGUCACCAUCAUAGCUUCUUGGAAACACGGCGUAGAGAAAACGACAGACGAAAUUAAAAUUUACAACGCAACUUCAGACUUUCUCUAUACGUCACGUCAAAGUAAUGAAAUUGGGUAUAGAAUUCAGAAGGAGAAUCCUUUGAGAUAUUAUAUGGGAGUAGGACCUGUUACACUGAUGAAAUGUUCAUACGGUUAUUACGUUUACAAUCUGUUAUUUCAUUUCUUUCCGGCUCUUAUUAUCGAUCUGCUACUGAAACUUUUUGGCAAAAAACUAAGUAUUUUAAGCCUUCGUCGAAAAUUGGUCGUUGCAAACAUGGCUUUGCUGCCAUUUACGAUGCCUUCAGGGGGAAUUCCAUGGACAUUUAUAAAUAAAAACUACGUAGGCUUGGAAAGCACGUUAACCAAUAGCGAUAAAAAGAAUUUUUCGUAUUUACAUAACAGGUGCAAGGGAGCGAACGACGAUGAAAUCGAAGAAUAUUUAAAAAUGUUUGUAGCUAAACCUCGUGUAUUUUUGUUAGAAGGUGAACGGGAACAAGCCUCCAAGGAAGAAAUAAUCAGAUAUAAAAGAUUGAAUCUACUAGAUAAAACUGUCAAAAAUGCUUUCUGGGCUUUCCUUUGCUAUCUAGCCGUUUGGAAAUAUGGCUUACUUACAACUUUGUCCACGAGAUUUUAUAAUUACGUUGCAAGUUUGCCUUAAAUUAAAAACUAUUUCUUAAAAUUAUUAAAUAUUUUGUUACCUGA